AUGGUGCGGCUCAAAACGCGCUACCUGGUGGUGGAGGCCACGGGCGCUCGCAAGCUGGCGGUCAAGAAGGAGGACAUCGCGGCGCUGAUUCGCGAAUCCAUCUCCAAGAGCUACGGAGAUUUCGGGUCGGGGCUGGCCCAAUACGCAUUCCAAGUGCUUUACUACAACACGCACACGAGGCUAGCAGCUAUUCGCUGUGCCCGUGAAAUGUGCAAGAUGGUGGAGACGUCACUGGUGUUCGUGACGGAGGUGCACAACCAAGACGUCAGCAUCCGAGUGGCUCGCGUGUGCGGCUCGAGCCGUACGUGCAGAGAGCACCUGUUGAAGUUGUCGCUGCAACGCGCCAAGACGCUCAAUUUGUAUGCCUCGCAGCCAGACUUUGAGCAGGAGGUGCAGGCAGAAAUCGCGCUUGUCGAUCCGCAGUGA